AUAAUAAUAUUUUACGUACACCGGAACCAAAAAUCAUGUUACAAUGGAUUAACUUCAUUACCCAAGGCCAUUUGUAACAGCAGCCUUACUUUGCAACAACUUACAAUAGCUAAACAGUUCAUAUAAUAUGCUAAUGAGAAAGCUGAUCUUUCUCACGCUUUUUUCCCAUUAUGUUUUAACGAUCAGAUCGUUAACAAACCAUUCACAGCACCUUCCCUCAUUAGUAUAGUUCGAACAGUACCCGCGGAGAGAUGAGUUACGAGUACGUUAUUGCAACGGUUUCCGAUAGGGAACUAGUGCGUGAAGCUCUAGCCAACUACUUCUACCCAGAAGAACCACUUACCUUAGCCCAUCGGGAUGGUCCCGACGUUACGAUGGACGAUAUGGAAAAUGCCCUUUCUUUCCUUGCCCAGGGUACCAUCAUUCUGGCACGGACAUUGGCAACUCGCAAGUUAGUUGGAGUUGCGAUUGGAGGACUUUCAACCGACGUCAUCAAAGUACCAAUCACCACACGAAAUACAUCCUGCUUACCGAGGCAAUUCAAUCGGUCGUCGAUUGAUGGAGCAACAGAUCGAAUUGGCGCGUACCCGUUGGCCAACAGUUCAAACCGUCACGGUGGAAGCAACGAGUGCCGCUUCUCUGCGACUUAUGCAACGGAUUGGUAUGCGUGA